UCAGAUCAUAAGUUGCUCAGGUCAUGGUUUUAUAAUCCAAUUUAAGUGUACGCAAGAGCAGCUUGCUUUCAGUUACACAGAAGGGGGGAUGCACAGCUGUGGGUUAGGAGGAGGAUUGUCACCUUUCAGAUAAAUAAACCAGUCAUGAAUCUCAGCCUCAGUCCUUUUAUUCCAAACCACAGUCUGCAUGAUGUCUUGUUAUAUGGGACUGGAUAAUCACAGCAAGUGCAUUGUUCUUUAUAUUAGUUCUAUAUACGUUGGAAAGAUGUUAAUAAAGCAGAAGGCAGAUUUGUAAGUUGUUGGUUUUAUUAUAUAGUCAGUGAAGGAAAAUUGGGUUUUGCACAGUGGGUUUUUAGUUCUGUCAAAGAACUUUUGUAGACAGCAUUAAAUAUUUAUGAAAGUGCUAGUCAUUAUUUGAAAAUCCAUAGACUUUCUGAAAAUUAUGUAGGUUGUAAAAGAUGUUUUGGUAGAAUUAUUUUGUAAUUCUCGCGAAGGCAGUACGUCUUUCAAAGUUGUAGCAGUUAUUUACCCAGUAGGUUUUUUCUUCAAGUAGAAAAGUUGUUGUAAUUAAGGAACAGGUAUUUCUUAUUUCCUUCUUGCCACGCUAAAAUGGAAGAUACCCAUUUACAUGAAAAUGCUGACAGUAUUUUCCUGUCCUACUGGAACAAACUUGCAGUUCUGAGGUGCUGUAACGCCAGCAGAGGUGGUUCUGUCUUUUCUUUUACCCUUUUUCCCACCUCUUCUUCUCAGUCAAGACGGCCAUGGUCCUUUCUGCCCCAAAAUCACCCUUUGCAGUGGGAGAUGUUUCAUCAAAAACACUGAGCUCCCUUACUGCAGAAGAGCAUGAAUUUGGGGUGAGGGGACCAAGUUUGUUUUCUGUGAGGUUGGGAGUCGGUGCAGCUCAGCAGAGCAUGGGACAUGGGGGGGCAGGGGGAGAGCGUGACCUCAUGGAGGGAAGGGGAAGUGCUGAUUACCAGACCAUCCCUGUAGUCCUUGUGCAGUGCUUCAUCUUUGUAAAACACUUCUACAAAUGAUAACUGAGUAAUCUUUGUAGCAGCCUCACUUUACGGUUGGAAAAAAGCUGGAAGAAAUUAAAUCAAGUGCACAGGCCAAAAAGUGAGUUUGCAUCAGGCUGAAGUGCUACAAUUGCAGAAACAAGUACUUAACAUAAUUAUGUAUUUAAUAGUUAAAUUAACAUUUCCUUUUAAUGUUUCAGUAAGUACUUAUUCCCCAUUAUUAUGGCUACCUUUAAAGAGUAAUGCUCAGCGUGACUCCUACUUUGAGGCUAAAUAGAUUGCCUUGCUGAUUUUGAUGCAGUGUUUUGCUGUUCUGGAAUUAACACUGACCCAAACUGAACUGGGAUUCAGAGGAGAAAUUUACAGAACUGCAAAACGGUUGUGCCAAAAAAUGAGAGAUACUUCUGCUGUAAAUUUUUAAAUGUCAGGUGCUUCUUAAGGCUUCCACGUUCUGUGUGAUGGAAGCCAAGGGAUCAGAGUGGAUGUAGUUCUCACCCUCUUGUUCUGUUGGAUGGAGCAUGGCCGCUGCAUGAACCACUGUCCUCCAUCUUUAGACUCUAUCAUCUCUUUUCUCCCACUGUUUUUUCUUCAUUUGGAUCCUUAAAUUGUUUCGUGCAGGAGUUUUAUUGGCUUGUUUGUGUGUUAUCACAGCACUCUCAUCCCCAGGAGAAAUUACUAGAUCAUAGACAUAAUUACCUUCAAAUACUUUGCAAUUUUCCGCUUAGAAAGGAAAAGAGGUAGUGACUGAGUUGACCACAAAAUUCAGUUUCUCUUCAUUAACUCAAGGUAUAAAUGGAGCUUUGUCUCCAGCUGUACCUCUAAUCAAAGAGAAACAGCUCUAAAUCCCUGGCUUGAAGGAGCAAGCUGCCUGCUGGGGCUGAGGAGCACGGGGUGGCUGCCCUGGUGCUGGAGGUAGCGAUACAGUGGCAGCACAGCUGCUCAGAUGACAGCCCUCCAUCAGCUGCUAAUCCAGGCACUCAGUGUGGGUAAUCCAAGAUCUUGAGUGAUGUUUUGCAGCUGAGAUAGUCUCACUCAGGCUGGCAAAGCUCAGAGAGGGUAACCGAAGUAUUGCAGCUUGCCCUGUUACGGCCAGACAGGUCCUGGCAGGAGUGUGGGUGUCAAUGAUGGUCUGCUUUAGCCUCUUGAGAGAUGUAAAUGAAUUAGGAAAAGGACGAAACUAGUGCAUAAAAAUGGCUGAUUCUACUGUAUCUCCCUUCAGAACAGAAAUGCCAUAGCUCCGUCACAGGGAGGUGUAGAAGGGGUGUAGGGGCUGAAGGUUUACAUCCAGCAGCCCCCUCCUGUUGAGCUGUAGGAUGCUGCUGCACCAUCUGCAGAGCAGCAGAGCUGUGGGCAGCAGCAGCAGCUGGGUGUGCGUGAGCUCUCCUUCUCUCACAGUCCCUGAGGAUGUACGACUUGGGCCCAUAAGAGAUUGAAGUCAGAGUAUAACGAAAUGCAAUAGGCAUUGCUUAUUUCCACAUUACAAACCAGCCAGCUCGAUAGUGAAAAUAACCUGAGAGUUCACCCUCACAUUUCCAUGAAGAUUUAAUAAUCCUGUAGUUUGAGGAAGGGACUCGUUUUAUUAAGAUUUCAUUUUGCACAAUAAAUCACUGCAUAUUUUCUGAUAUGCUACGAAGUAUAAUAAUAAAUAAUUAAAGCAAAACUACCCUUACUUGUCAAAAUAAAUGAUUUAUCAUAGUUUGGGAUAUAGCAUCCUUGAAUUUUUUAUUGUUUGAUUCCCAGAAUAUUACCGUUUCCAAUCAGUGAAGUUAAUGAAGCUCCAGUGUACUUUUCUGCAUGUACAACAGUUACGUGAAUAUAUAUUUUAUAUAAAUAUUUAUGAUUAGUCCUUUUCUGUACCUUUUCAAGUUUACACCUUUCUCAUAAGUGUUUAUGGCAGUAAGUCACAAAUAUUUGGGAUGACGAAUUUAUUCAAAGGAAUUAUCCUUCUGUUUCUGUAUUUUAUCUGGUAACCCAGAGUCAGCCAGUUGUGCAUGGGAAGCACUGAGGCUUCUGUUCAAAACUGUGUGUUGCAAAAACAGAGCCACAUUGGAGUGUUUCAUUUAAGAAGAAGAAGGAGAAGAAUCCAGGCUGGAUGUGGCUCUGGGCAGCCUGGUCUGGUGGUUGGCAACCCUGCAUAUAGCGGGGGGGGGUUGAAACUCGAUGAUCAUUGUGGUCCUUUUCAACCCAGGCCAUUCUGUGAUUCCAUGAUAAGAAGGCUCGAUGUAAGCUUUUAGUAUUGAGUCUGGGUUUGUCGUUUCAUGGCAUCGAUGUGUCCACAUCUGCUGACUUUGUACCCUCCCUUCUCAUUGUUAAGAAAAGAGUGCUUUUUCACUGCUGAAAGAUAAAGGGAAGGACUUCAGCUAGGGUUGGUUGACACCAGAUGAUUAUGUUUUAAUCUUUAGGAGGAAAUAGAUUUGAAAGGUCUCAGAUAAAGAUAUCCAUAGACUUGGAGAGUAAUACUAGAAAGAGAGCGCAGGGAUUUUUUUCCUGCAGACUGUAUUGCAAAAGUUAUAGAAAAAUAAUUAAAUCUGUCUUGUUUUCUGUGUCUGUGCCAUGUUAUCCCUUUGGAAAAAGCAAAGCGUUUCCAUUGGUUUUGUUGCCAUCUUUGCAGUGCUGAAUGUAUUCCCAGAUUUCUUCGGCUUAUUUUUCCGAGGGAAAGAAAAUAAAAUACAGCAACUUCUGUUAUCAAUAAAACAGCAGCUCCUUCUCAAAUACACAGCCACUUAUGGAAGAGUCUGGACUAGAUCAGUACUGUGUACCCCAAAGAAAUGCAGUGCUGGAUUUUCAGAUCUGUAAAGCAAGGGCUAAGAAGUUUCAACAUUUUUUGUAUCAAACUACCACUGAAAUAAAUAAAGCAGUGCAUGCUGUAGAAGUGCAAACAAAGCCUCACUUGGUCAUCAUAGCAGGAAAGCUCUUCUCAGGUACUUCUUUUCUGUGUCAUUGGUUGCGGUUCCUUCCUAUCUCUAUGGCACGUCACAUUGGAAAAUGGUUUGAAAAGAUAUUCCCACUAAGUGAGAUUGCUAUAAAAUAUGUAUGUUUCCAAGCGGCAGAUGGAAUAAUUUCUCCUCUUUCACUUAGCAACACAAAUGCAACAGAAUAGAGGUGUAAGUGCUGUGCAGGGGAUGGCUGCUCUGAACCACCGGUGGCAGCAAACCCAGUGGCAACCAGUCCUCACUGUUGGGUUUCCAUGAAGAUGGGUAUUGGUCUUGACACGCUUCCGUCAUCUGCACCAGUGCUGGCACUCGUACUGCCAGACUAUCUGAGCUUUUUGUUUCUGACUGCCUUUGCUGUGAGCUGGAGCCUGUGCUGUGCCAUGGCUCCCCUGGCCUUGGGAUGCGAUGCCAUUUUAUAGCCGGUGAGGUCAUGCACUUAACACUGUGAUUUAAUUUCACCGUCUGUAAAAUGGGAACAAUAACAUUUACUUUAUAAAGCGCGCGGAGAUCCUUGCAUGGAAAAGGGUUGUAUAAAGGCAAAAUACGGUUAAUAUUAUUUUCAUACAAACACAGGAGUUUCCUGUAAAUGCUUGGCUUUCAGUUGGGAAUACAUUUAUCUGGCAGCCUUUCAAGGUGGAAAGAAAAGCACAAUAGCCUGGAGACGAGAACGAAGACAGCCCAACCUCUUCUGUUUGUUGGGUAUUUUUUCUUUUUUUCUUUUUUUUUCCAUGUAAUUCUCCUUUGCUGGAAAAAAAAAAUAGGUGCCAGAGUCCUGGAGAGUCUUUCAUGUCACCGAUUUUCUGAUAACCUCACUGUUGUUUGGUGGAAGCUGAUGGGGUGGCUGAGAGGUCUUGAAAUAAAUUUGCUUAUCACAAAAGUUAGGCAAAAUGGAGAUCACCUUGAAGCAGAGUGCUGUACGUGGUCCUGCUCUGUGAGAAACAGCUUUUGUGGCAGCUUGAGAAUAAGACAGCGUGAACUGGAAGCGCUUCCACCAGGUGUGAUGGCUACUGCCAUAACCAGGCUCGUUACCUUCGGCAGGUCUACCUGUGCUAACGUACACUCCUGGCCCAUAGGAGGAUUUGUCCAUGCAUAGCCUUGUAUUUAACAUGUAAGAAGAGAGAACAGUUUGGCUCCUGGAAUUUUAAGGGAAAGAUGGUACUUCUUGCUUGUAUCUCAUUUCCCCAUUCACACCACUGCUCCUUGAUCAAAUUAAUGUUUUACUGUGAGCAGGAGAGCACUCAGCUCUUGUUAUUUGUUAUCUUGUCAAGAAACAAUGAGAAUAAUUUGCACUGGAUAUAUUGUGUUAGGCUUUUAGUUUUUUGCAGGUGGAAAGCACACGGCAGCGUUCUGAUUGUGACCUGCUGGCUUCGCUGUGAAGGGUACUGACAUACUGUAUUAAGGAGAAUGAACAAAUUUGGAUCUAUUAUGGCACCAAGGAGGGAACUCCGUGCUUGAAAAGAAGUGGUAUAGAGGUUAGGAGGAAUUGUUUGGCUGCUGUGUCCAGAAAAAAAUGGCUUUUUUUAGGAAGUGCUGAAUUUGAAUGGUCUUUGCCAAGGCCACUGGUGUGACUGUCAUGGGCACCAAGGCUCUUCUGUGUCGUAGACUCAGAAGUGCCAGCCCAAGAGUUUGAGCACUUUGCUGUGGAAUACCUAUUUCUCAGCUAAAACAGGGUAUUUUCACACAGAGUAGGUUCUGUGAACUUUCCAGUGGUUCCAAGUUGUGCAAGAUUGCUGUUUUAUCCAUUUUCCAUACUGGGCGUCUGUCUCUGGCUGCAUACUGUUAAAUUCAGGAAAAAAUUGUCCAACCAUUUCUAAGAACAAGAUUAGGCAAAAAAGAUUUCCCACAUGUUAGGAGUUGCUCCUGCUCAUCUGGUGAGGAGCCUGCUGUGCCCAGAUCCAAGGGAAGGGGCUUGGCUCUCAGUGAGGGAGCCUUUGCCUUUUUCUCAGGGUUCCAUCUUCUCAUUGCUUCAAGUAGCAAAGUAGGAGGAAAAAAAAAAACCACCAACCCCCAACUUUGGCCAGCCUAUAAGUGUCUGAGAAGAGCUGAGUUCACACAAACCCAACAGGAUCUGGUUUGAAUUUGAGGGCUUUGAUGUCCGUGUCUGUCCCAAGCAUGCUGCCGUCUAACUGUGCGGCCGGGUGAACAUUAACCAGCCAGGCUGUACUGCUGGGUGCGGGGAGCGGUGCCACUUUGAUGCGGGGCACUGGGAGGGGAGGGGGCAACCGGAGAUGUUGGGUGGGAGCAGGGGGUGGAGAAGAGGCUGUGGGGAGGAGGCAAGGAGCAGAACGGCACUGCUUUGAGGAGGGCUGGAGAAGAACCUGCGAGGGAAAGCAGGAGGUCAUCGGGAGGGCAGAGGUGGCUCAGAGAGAGGCAGAGACCUUAAGGGAGCAGCUCUCGUCAGCUAACAAAUCUCUCCAACUCGCUACCCAGAUCCAGAAGGCACCUGAUGUGGAGCAGGCCAUCGAGGUGCUGACACGAUCCAGCCUGGAAGUAGAACUGGCUGCGAAGGAGAGGGAGAUUGCCCAGCUCGUAGAAGAUGUCCAGAGACUACAGGGCAGCCUCACCAAGCUGCGGGAGAACUCCAGCAGCCAGAUCUCCCAGCUGGAGCAGCAGCUGACCGCCAAGAACAGCACGCUUAAACAACUGGAAGAAAAACUGAAAGGACAGGCUGAUUAUGAAGAGGUUAAGAAAGAAUUAAAUAUAUUGAAAUCCAUGGAGUUUGCACCACCUGAAAGCUCUGGUGCGCAGGAUGCAUCGAAACCGCUGGAGGUGCUGCUGCUGGAGAAGAACCGCUCGCUGCAGUCCGAGAACGCCACGCUGCGAAUCACAAACAGUGACCUGAGUGGGUCAGCCAGGAGAAAAGGGAAAGACCAGCCUGAGAGUCAGCGUCCUGCAACCUUGCCGGCUUCCCCUCCUUCUCAGUUGCUCCGCAACGCGGGGGAGCAGGCUUCCAAUACUAAUGGUACACACCAGUUCUCACCAACGGGUUUAAGUCAAGACUUUUUCAGCUCAUCCCUGGCAAGCCCCAGCUUACCCCUGGCCUCCACAGGAAAAUUUGCACUAAACUCUCUCCUCCAGCGACAGCUAAUGCAGUCCUUCUACUCCAAGGCAAUGCAGGAAGCAGGAAGCACAAGCAUGAUUUUUUCAACAGGUCCUUACAGCACAAACUCCAUCUCUUCCCAAAGUCCAUUACAACAAAGCCCGGAUGUAAAUGGCAUGGCCCCAUCUCCCAGCCAGUCAGAAAGUGCUGGGAGCAUCUCCGAAGGCGAGGAGAUAGACACGGCCGAAAUUGCACGUCAGGUGAAAGAGCAGUUGAUCAAGCACAAUAUUGGACAGCGGAUAUUUGGACAUUAUGUGUUGGGACUGUCGCAAGGGUCUGUGAGUGAGAUACUAGCCCGGCCAAAGCCAUGGAAUAAACUGACUGUGAGAGGCAAGGAGCCAUUUCAUAAGAUGAAGCAGUUCCUGUCGGACGAGCAGAACAUCCUGGCUCUUCGCAGCAUCCAGGGUAGACAAAGAGAGAAUCCAGGCCAGAACCUGAACAGACUAUUUCAGGAAGUACCGAAACGAAGAAAUGGGUCUGAAGGUAAUAUAACCACACGAAUCCGAACCACAGAGACUGGCUCUGAUGAAGCCAUCAAAUCCAUUCUUGAACAAGCCAAAAGGGAGCUGCAAGUACAGAAAACAGCUGAGCCGGCUCAGCCGCCUUCUGCAUCUAGCAGUGGCAAUUCUGAUGAUGCUAUUCGAUCCAUUCUGCAACAAGCCCGACGUGAAAUGGAGGCACAGCAGGCUGCCCUUGAUCCUGCCUUAAAAACAACACCUUUGUCUCAAGCUGACAUUUCUAUCCUGUCCCCCAAACUAGUAUCUACAUCUGCAAUGUCUUCGGUUUCCAGCUAUCCUCCUUUGGCCAUAUCCCUGAAGAAACAUUCAUCUGUUACUGAUUCCAGUAUCUCUGCAUUGCAGAACCUCUCUGGGCUCAAAAAGGAGCCGCAGGAGGCGCCUGUUUUAGAGCUCCAUGGAAUAAGUGAUUCUGCCCAGGGUAUGUUGAGGCAUGUUAAAAAUGAGUUGGGACGUGGUGGUGUUUGGAAGGACCAUUGGUGGAAUACUGUGCAGCAUGAGAGAAGAAAUACAGCUCUUCCCGAAGAUAUAAAAGUUGAGGAAGCCAGUGGUGGAAAAGAAAAGGUCAGCAAUCAGACUAGGCCAGAUCGUAGCCAGCUCCAAGGACCAUCUUCUUCAGAGUAUUGGAAAGAGUGGCCAAACGCUGAAUCUCCGUACUCGCAGAGUUCUGAAUUGAGCAUGACUGGGGCGAGUCGCAGUGAGACACCACAGAAUAGCCCCCUCCCUUCAUCCCCUAUCGUGUCCUUGUCCAAGCCAUCCAAACCUUCAGUUCCUCCUCUGACACCUGAGCAGUAUGAGAUUUAUAUGUACCAGGAAGUGGAUACGAUAGAACUAACGCGGCAGGUCAAAGAAAAGCUAGCAAAGAAUGGCAUCUGCCAAAGGAUCUUUGGGGAAAAGGUAUUGGGGCUGUCCCAAGGAAGUGUCAGUGACAUGCUCUCCAGGCCAAAGCCAUGGAGUAAAUUGACACAAAAAGGCCGAGAACCAUUUAUUCGUAUGCAGCUCUGGUUGAAUGGUGAGCUGGGACAGUGUGUCCUGCCUGCACAAGGGCAGCAACAAGGACAAGUCCUUCACUCUGUGACAUCAUUACAGGAUUCCCUACAGCAGGGAUGUGCAAGCUCAGAAAGCACUCCAAAGACUUCUGCCAGUUGCAGUCCUGCUCCUGAAUCUCCCAUGAGUUCCAGCGAGUCGGUAAAAAGCCUGACAGAAUUGGUACAGCAGCCCUGUCCUUCUAUAGAGACCAAUAAGGAUGGCAAAGGCCAGGAGCCCAGCGAGCCGCCUGCUUCGGAAUCCCAGUCCACAACACCUUUGCCACUGUCGGGGCACUCAGCACUCAGCAUCCAGGAGCUGGUCGCUAUGUCCCCGGAGCUGGACACCUAUGGCAUUACUAAAAGGGUCAAGGAAGUGCUAACGGACAACAAUCUUGUGUGGCUGACAAGCCUAAAAAGCAGCAGAAGAGCCAGGAAAUGUGCCCCAAACUCUGCAUUAGGUCAGCGUUUGUUUGGGGAGACAAUCCUGGGGCUGACACAAGGCUCUGUCUCAGACCUGCUGGCUCGCCCGAAGCCCUGGCACAAACUGAGUCUGAAGGGCCGGGAGCCCUUUGUCCGCAUGCAGCUGUGGCUGAACGAUCCCAACAACGUGGAGAAGCUGAUGGAUAUGAAACGAAUGGAGAAGAAAGCCUACAUGAAGCGGCGGCACAGCUCCGUGAGCGACAGUCAGUCGUGCGAGUCUUCCUCCACUGGAAUCGACUACAGCCAGGGCGCCAGCCCACAGCCACAGCACCAGCUGAAGAAGCCCCGGGUGGUGCUGGCACCAGAAGAGAAGGAAGCUCUGAAACGAGCCUACCAGCAAAAGCCAUACCCAUCACCAAAAACCAUUGAGGAACUGGCUACGCAGCUCAACUUGAAAACCAGCACCGUGAUCAACUGGUUCCACAAUUACAGGUCUCGCAUCCGCCGGGAGCUGUUCAUCGAGGAGAUCCAAGCGGGAAGCCAGAGCCAGGCCGGGUCGAACGAUUCUCCUUCGGCGCGAAGCAGCAGAGCCGCCCACAGCUCGGAGGGAGACAGCUGCGACGGCGUGGACGCGGAGGGCCCACCUGAAGGAAAGCCGAGCGGUCCGGAGGCGGACGAGUACAGCAAUGCAACCACAAAGUCUCAGGGAGGGCAAGCGGAGUCGGCUCUGGAGGCGGGGGAAGAGGCAGCGCCGGGCGCCCGGCCCACGGAGCGAGCGGAGCCGCUGCUCGCGGCGGCCGAGGGCCUGGAGGACACUGACGACGAGGGCAGGCCCAGGGCGCCGCGCCAGGGCUCUCCGGCGAGGUGUCAGCGCUCGGGAGAAGCUCCGGAGACACUGCCCAACUCUGCCACGGAAGGGGACGCCUCUACCUCAGCUGCCUCCACCUCAGUCCUUACAGGGGAGAGCUCCUACAAGUCAAAGGAGAGUUCAGAGAAAAGCUCCAGCGUGCCAAGUACGAGUUCGACGCCGGGCGCAGGCUCGCAGAAGGCCAACUCUCUGCAGAGCUUGUUCAGCUUCUCCGAGGCCGCGAGCUCCAGGAACACACGAGACAGCUCCUUGAGGAAAAAGAAAGCCGCAAACUUGAACAACAUAAUCCACCGCUUGGAGAAGGCCGCCAGCCGGGAGGAGGCUGCCGAGUGGGAGUUUUGAGAUUAAAACUCGCCCAACUCUGGAGAGCUGGGAAGUGAAACUGGACCUCUACUGGUUUUAUUGUGUCGCGCACUUAUCCGCCCUGCGGGCCACAGGGCAAAAACGCCAUAGGCCAAGGUGCAUAUAGAAAAACAAAAGGAGCGUUAAGCCCAAUUUAUGUUUGUGUUUUCGAGGAAGAAAACUGAAAUGUGUAGUCGAGCUUUUUUGUACCCUGAAGUGUUUUUAUUAUUGCCCUAAGUGAUUUCCACGGUUUCUGGAAUAUCUCAUACAGCUUUGCCUUGUGCCCUCCUAUCGGUGUGGGCUUUAAAAAAAAAAAAAGGAAAAAAAAAAAAAAAAAAGGAAAAAAAAAAAGGAAAAAAAAGGAAAGAAAAAAAAAGUUUUAAAAAGAAAAAAAAAUCGAACCCACGUAUUAAAAGGGGGCUUUUUAUCCGCCAUCUAAUGGCUACAGAGCGAUAAUACACUAUUGUCUUCUUAAAGCAGGAAAAAGGGGAGGUUUUUCAAAAAAAAAAUAGAAAAAAAAAAAGAAAGUUUUUUGUAGCUGUUCAGUUGCCACUGAGAGAUUGCACAGUCAACCGACUCUAAACACACUAGUUUGGAUUCCUACGUAUUUUCAAGAAAAGAAAAGAAUCUUGUUGUUUGAAACUUUGAAUUAAAGGAAAAAAAACGCAUUUACUCCACAUAUUUUUUAACAAAACAGAAAGAAAAAAAGUCACAUCAGGAAAAUAUCUUAAUUUGUGGUAGCUGACUUAGUGUUUUCUUGUAAGUGAAAUAGAAUAUUGACACGUAGUGCACAUUGUUUCAUAGCUUUAACUGAUUCUGGUCUUUUGCAGACCAGAAUUUGUUUAAUACACUCCAUUUUAGGCCAAAUCAGGACAAAAAAAAAAAAAUCUGAAUCUAGGUAUUUUAUAAUCUGCUUUUUAACCUCUAACCACAGAGCACGCUGAUCAGACCUCAUAUCUGGGAGGUUUGGGAGACAACUUAGAAACAGCAUGUACUUGAUCAUUUCACUUGGGUCGUAGCGUACAGGAUUUCCUUUCAGCCAAGUCAGAUUGCUCAGAACACGUUGGCCAGUAACAUUUCAGCCCGCUUCUUCGGGGCCGCGCUCCGUGACCCGAAGUGUUCACCUCACCUGGAACCGAGGGAAGCGUGGUUCAUGUGUACGACUGCUGUCACACCACUAAGGGGACGGGAGCUGCCUCAGAUGGAGAAGUUUUCCUGCUGUAGGUGGCCAUUUACUGACUCUCUUCCCACCGCAAGCACUGAUUUUAAAUACCUUUUAGUUGUGGGAAGCUUGUUUUGACGUGGAGGAAUAGUACAUGGCAGUGACCAGACAGGCUCUUACCGGGGCGGAAGGAGCCCAAACCCCAAACCAAAACGUUGAUGCUCCCCAGUCCCAGUUCUGCCCCCAGAAAUGCAGCCUUUCGCCAUUACUUUAUGCACAGGUUAGGGCUGAUCAAAGUACAAAUCCAAUUCUAACUUGUCUCUAACUCCUCCUGUUGUCUAUAUGUAUAUGCGUGAGCAUAGAGGUGUGUGGAAGGAUGUGUGUGCGUGAGUGUGUGCGUGCAAUUUUAUACGUCUGUGUAUUUUCUUACGUACUUGUGCACACAUAGAGUGCAUUACUGCCACCUUUUUUCAAUAAGCUGUUUUAUCAGUUAUGGCUUCUACAAGUUUGCUAAUUUAGACUCCUUUAUUGCCAUAUCUUUAAAACUAACAAUAGAUGAUUUCGGAAUAUAUAUAUAUAUAUAAAUAUAUAUAUAUAUAAUUUUUUUUUGCUUAUUUAUAGGUGCUGUAUUUUAUUAUCUGAUUGUUAGGAAGGGAUGAAAGGGGGCAAAUAUUCUUUAGAGGGAUAGACUGCCGGCAGUAUUGGGUAUAAUUUACAAGAUGUAGUUGUCAUACUGUAUAUUAUUGAUUGAAGACUUUUUGACCGUAUUGUGUAUCAUUGAACUUUUGUCUUAGGUCAGCAUCUUUUUGAUGACACUUUAAUGGUGCAUUCAUUACUUCUUAAGUUUAAUUAAUAUUACUUUUCUGAUUUUGGGGGAGGGAGGGACGGGGAGAGGAGUUCCGACUUUAAAGGUAUGUUCCCAAUAUUACACCUCAGUGUGCUUGUAUUAAUUCAUUAGUAGGAUUUUUGACUGUAAGAUGUGAAACCACAUUUCUUGCAUGAUGUUUUAGAACGUAUGUAUUUCAUUUACAGUCUCUUAACAUGCAACAGCAGCACGUAGUGCAAGUGUCACAAAUUGAGAAUCAGUACACUAAAACCAAUCCUUUUCAUGAUUGAGGAAAGAAGGCUCUAGGAGGCUGAAAGGCAGGGACUCGUUUCCUAUUUCUACUGCUAGCUGUUUCAGGAUACCUCCUUGGGUAGCUGGGGACUUGUGAUGCAGAACUCAAACUGAGGAACAGAGAGAGCAGCUGCCCCUUUCUGUGAUGAGCUGAGGAGAUGGUAUGUAAUAGCAAACACUGGCAUGUGACAGUGCUGGGAGCGAUUCCAGCUUCUCAUCUGAGUGCAGUUAGCCCACAGGAGCGGCCAGCGAGGGAAAUAACGGGUGAGCAGAGCGGUACCUCUCUGUAUCUGUACGGUGGUUUGACUUACAAAGCACAGCUCCGUCUGUCAAUGCACGUCCUGGUAGGAGUACACAUACCUUACUACGAGUCACAACAAGCCGUGUCUUCAGCCACGGAGCAAAGCUUCUGUCGAGAAGACACUGAUAUUUUCUUAUGCUCUUUUUUUUUUUAUUGUCCUUCGGUUCAGGUUGGGUUUUUUAGUUAAUCCUGGGCAACCCGUUUGCCAGUCUGGUUCUGCUGUCCUUGUCUGCUGAUUGGAGAUCCAGGUGCUUGAUGCAGCCAAGCGGUUACUCUCGGCUUUCUCGAUAGGGAGGGUUUUGUUCUGUUUGAUUGUUUUGUUUUUUUUUUUUUAAUUAAUAUUCCCCAAACUGUUCUUGUGCCUGUGUCUAUAUAAUUGCAUUCCAUGAUGCUUACUGAGAGCUCUUGCUGCAUCAUCCGACAGCAGAACUGUAUUCACAGGUUGAACACAAAUGCAGCAUUUAAGGUCAAUCUCUCUUCUUAAUAAGCAAUACGUAAGUGCCUUGAAACUUGUAUCUUUUCUUUCCCUGUUCGUUUUUGGGUUGCUUUUCAGACUCCCACUAGUUCUUUAGGGUUCUUUAGGCGUCUGCCCGGUUUUUAAUGCUAUAAUGGUUUUUUAAAAGCAUAUCUGUAGCUUGCCCUAGAGGAAAUGUUUCUUUUAUAACACUAACUGUUAAUUCUGAGCUCCAUUAUUACAUUUGAAUCAUGUAAUUUUGCUGGAUAAAGACAGCAUUCGUAAGUCAGAAGUCACUCCAUCCUGCCAAGGGUUGUCACUGGUAUCUAUUAAAAAAUUAAUCAAAUAAAAUGCUGUCAGUAUUUCCGA